CGGAGGUGGGCGGACGAGCGGAGGCGAUGGGCGGAGGAGCGGAGGCGAUGGGCGGAGGGGCCGAGGAGCGGCGGGCGAGCGGAGGCGAUGGGCGGAGGAGCGGAGGCGAUGGGCGGAGGAGCGGAGGAGCGGAGGCGGGCGGAGGCGAUGGAAGGAGGAGCGGAGGCGGGCGGAGGCGAUCGAAGGAGCGGAGGCUAGCAGAGGAGCGGAGGAGGGCGGAGGCGAUGGGCGGAGGAGCGGACGACGGAGGCGAUGGGCGGAGGCACGGAGGAGAGGAGGCACGGAGGAGCGGAGGAGCGGAGGCGAUGGGUGGAGGAGCGGAGGCGUGCGGAGGGGCGGAGGCGGGCGGAGGGGCGGAGAUGGGCGAAGCAGCGGAGGCGAUGGGUGAAGGAGCGGAGGCGAUGGGUGGAGGAGUGGAGGAGCGAAGGCGGGCGGAGGCGAUCGGAAGAGCGAUGGGAGCAGCGGAGGUGAUGGGCGGAGGAGCGAAGGUGAUGGGCGGAGGAGCGGAGGCGAUUGGAGGAGCGGAGGGGGGCAAAGGCGAUGGGCGGAGGAGCGGAGGAGCGGAGGCGAUGGGCAGAGGCGUGGAGGAGAGGAGGCGCGGAGCAGCGGAGGCGGGCGAAGGCAAUCGGCGGAGGAGCGGAGGCGAUGGGCGGAGGAACGGAGGCGGGCGAAGGCAAUGGGCGGAGGAGCGGAGGCGAUGGGCGGAGGAGAGGAGGCGGGCGAAGGAGCGGAGGCGGGCGGAGGCAAUGGGCGAAGGAGCGGAGGCAGGCGGAGGAGCGGAGGCAGGCGGAGGAGCGGAGGCUAUGGGCGAAGAAGCGGAGGCGAUGGGAACGAAGGCGAUGAGAGAAGAGGAGGUGGGCGGAGGAGCGAUAAGAGGAGCGGAGGCGAUGGGCGGAGAAGAGGAGGCGAACGAAGGAGCGGAGGCAGGCGGAGGCGAUGGGCAGAGCGGAGGAGCGGAGGAGCGGAGGCGGGGGGAGGAGCAGAGGCGAUGGGCGAAGCGGAGAAGCCGAGGUGGGCGGAGGAGCGAAGGCGAGAGGCGGAGGUGGGUGGAGGAGCGAUGGGAGGAGCGGAGGCGAUGGGCGGCGGAGGACCGGAGGAGCGGAGGUGAUGGGCGGCGGAGGUUGGCGGAGCGGGCGGCGGAGGUUGGCAGAUGGGCGGCGGAGGUUGGCGGAGCGGGAGGCGAUGGGCGGCGGAGGUUGGCGGAGCGGGAGGCGAUGGACGACGGAGGUUGGCGGAGCGGGAGGCGAUGGGCGGCGGAGGUUGGCGGAGCGGGAGGCGAUGGGCGAGCGGGAGGUGGAGGUUGGCGGCGCGUGAGGGCAGCGGAGGUGGGCGGCGCGGGAGGGCAGAGGAGGUUGGCGGAGCGAGAGGCGAGUGGGCGGAGGCGAUGGGCGGCGGAGGUUGGCGGAGCGGGCGGCGAAGGUCGGCAGAGCGAGCGGCGGAGGUUGGCAGAGCGGGAGGGCGGCGGAGGUGGGCGGAGCGGGCAGCGAAGGUUGAGGUUGGCGGAGCGGGUGGAGGCGAUGGGCGGUGGAGGUUGGCGAAGCGGGAGGCGAAGGUUGGCGGAGCGGGCAGCGGAUGUGGGCGGAGCGGGCGAAGGUGGGCGGAGCGGGCGGGGGAGGUGGGCGGAGCAGGCAGCGAAGGUUGAGGUUGGCGGAGCGGGUGGAGGCGAUGGGCGGUGGAGGUUGGCGAAGCGGGAGGCGAAGGUUGGCGGAGCGGGCAGCGGAUGUGGGCGGAGCGGGCGAAGGUGGGCGGAGCGGGCGGUGGAGGUGGGCGGAGCAGGCAGCGAAGGUUGAGGUUGGCGGAGCGGGUGGAGGCGAUGGGCGGUGGAGGUUGGCGGAGCGGUCGACGGAGGUUAGCGGAGCGAGCAGCGGAGGUGG